AUUACAGAGAUAUUACAUAAAGUAAAAAGCUGACAGCCCUAAAAUGGCGAGUCCAAUGAUCGCACUGAGAUUUUCCAGCCAAAAUUUCUCAAGAAGUCUGUGCUGGAAUGCGUCCAUGAAGCUUUUCUCUACGGUACCAGGAUUACACGAGGUGGUUAUUGCAAGUGCAGUCAGAACACCAAUAGGAUCCUUUAGAAGUACACUUUGCAAUUUUCCAGCCCCAAGAUUAGGAACUAUUGCAGUAAAGGCUGCAGUAGAAAAAGCAGGUAUUAAACCAGAGGAUGUACAGGAGGUCUAUAUGGGAAAUGUGUGUACAGCUGGUGAAGGUCAAGCACCAACAAGACAAGCAACACUUGGAGCAGGCUUACCAAUAUCAACUCCAUGUACAACCAUUAACAAAGUGUGUGCAUCUGGUAUGAAGUCCAUCAUGAUGGCAGCUCAAAGUCUUGCAUGUGGAAGUCAGGAAGUAAUGGUUGCUGGUGGAAUGGAGAGUAUGUCAAAUGUUCCAUUUUUAGUUGGGAGAGAUCCACCAAAGUAUGGAGGACACAAAAUGGAGGAUGGGAUUGUUAAAGAUGGCCUAUGGGAUGUAUACAAUCAGAUCCACAUGGGUAACUGUGCAGAAAAUACAGCUUCGAAGCUGGAACUAAGCCGAGAGGAACAGGAUGAAUUUGCAAUAGGCUCUUACAAGAAGACAGCAGCAGCCUGGGAGGCAGGGAAAUUCAAAGAUGAAAUUAUUCCUGUAUCCAUUCCUCAAAAGAAAGGACAACCUGAUGUGGUAUUUAGUGAAGAUGAGGAAUACAAGAGAGUUUCAUUUGAUAAGUUUGCAACACUGAAGCCUGUUUUUCAGAAAGAAAAUGGUACAGUAACAGCAGCUAAUGCCAGCACUCUGAAUGAUGGGGCAGCUGCUCUUGUGCUCAUGACCAGACAGGCUGCUGACCGGCUAGGAGUAAAGCCACUUGCCUCCAUCAUAGGUUUUGCUGAUGCUUCAGUUGCACCCAUAGACUUUCCCAUUGCACCAGCUGCUGCCAUGCCCAAGUUGUUACAACAGACAGGAUUAAAGAAAGAAGACAUUCACAUGUGGGAGAUUAAUGAGGCUUUUAGUGCUGUUGUUUUGGGCAACAUAAAGUUGAUGGAGUUGGAUCCCGAGAAAGUAAAUAUUCACGGGGGUGCCGUGUCCAUUGGCCAUCCUAUUGGUAUGUCAGGUUCACGGUUAAUAGCUCACUUGACUCAUACUCUACCCGAGGGAGCCCUGGGUCUAGCAAGCAUCUGCAAUGGAGGUGGAGGAGCAUCAGCUAUGGUUAUCAAAAAACUCUGAAGUCAGCUGACUUAACGUCAUAAGACAAACCUGACGUCAAUUCAAGUCCAUAGCGUAAUCCCUCUGUUGUGGCUAGUUAUUACAUCCAGUUCAACUGCUUAAGUUAACUAGGUGGGGGCUCACUAGAGGAAAUGAUAUCCGGCUGGGUGUACAGUUUAUAUCGUUGCAACACAAGUUCUGUCCGCACAGAUUGGAUAUCCAAAGAAUUCUAUUAAAUUUUGCGUCUUCUUAGUAAUUAUUAAUUGGUCAAGUCACUCGCGUUCAAGUGUUAGAAACAGGCUACAGUUUGGCAAUAGGAUGGAAGAAUGCAAAAAAAAAAAACGGUUUAUUUUAUGUAGACUUGCGUGCUUAUCUCCUCAGUAAAAGAAACAAUGCAAACGAAACGACAAAAGAACUGUAAGACUAUUAUGGUUGUCGAGCACAAGGUGUUCUCAACGAAUACUUCUAUUUCAAAUAGUGCUCCCUUUUAAGUCCUAAUGGGUGUAAAGUUGUAAUAAAUGUCACAUGUUGCUUUCACUUGAAGAAUAAAAAUUUGUAACUAUGAAUCUA